UUUGGCGCCAACUGGUACGUUUUCCUCUGAAGAGAGAGAGAGAGAGAGAGAGAGAGAGAGAAAACCAUGACAUUCCCGCUAACCUCGUACCAAAUCCCAACAUUCCCUCCUAACCCACGAAGUCCAAUCCACUCCCCCCCAUCAAAAAGACUACAACUGGCCCCCAAAUCCCACCAUAACAAAUCCACCAACCCCCAAACGACAAGAACCCCCCAAAACGGCGCCGACGGAAUCCCUGCCGACGACGUCAAAGUCCUUGCCAAGUUCAAGUCCCGUCACAACUUCAUCCGCGUCCUCCAAGUCUCCCGCAAAGCCGACCACCCCUUCGCCGGCUCCCGACUCCUCCUCCUCGACAACCCCGGCAACAUCCACAGCAUCUCUUUCUUCCUCAAUUCCAAUCUCACCACCCACACCUACUUCGAUGUCUUCGCCACCCUCCCUCCCAUUCUCCCCCCGGGGGGCCCACUCGCCAUUUUCGGCUUCGGCGCCGGCUCCGCCGCUCGCCUCAUUCUCCGCCUCUACCCCCACGCCGUCGUCCACGGCUGGGAGCUCGACCCUUCUGUGAUCUCCGUCGGAAGAGAGUUUUUCGGGCUUUCCAAGCUCGAGAAAGAUCACCCCCAGAGGCUGUUUAUCUACAUUGGAGACGCUUUUAAGGCUAGCGUUAGAGAUGGGUUUUCUGGGAUUUUGGUCGAUUUGUUUAGUAAGGGAAGUUUGGUUCCUGAGCUGCAGGAUCCGAAGACGUGGGAGAUGCUCGCCAGGUGUUUGAGAAAAGGUGGCAGAGUGAUGGUGAACGUUGGAGGGAGUUGCGUUGAGGCGGAGGAUAAGCGGAGAGAUGGGAGGGUGGUUAUGAAGGAGACUUUGAAGGCAAUGAGAAGGGUUUUUGGGGAGAAGCUUUUUGUUUUGAGGCUUGGGAAUGGGAAGAACGAGGAUAGCUCGGUUGCUCUUACAGGUGAUUCGCCGGAUCUUGAUGCGUGGAAGGAGAAGCUCCCUCGUUCUUUGGCGGGCUAUGUCGAUAUGUGGACCCCAUUUCGCUGCUGAGACGGUGACAAGAAGAGUUCAUCGUCGUAUAUUUUUGACUGCAAAGGCGUGUUUCGGGUCAUUACAGCAAGAGAAGUAGGCAACUUUGGAUGUGAAAAUCUAGAAGCCGUUGAACACAAACCGGUAUCCUCCCGGAGUCUGCGAAGCCUCCUAAUACCACCUCCUUCGCCGAUUAAAAACAAGGCAAAGACUUUGGAUGCCCCUGCCGCGCCCGCAUCUCCUCUAGUUGCUUAAGUCUCCUUGUUCCAUGGAUGUCAAUAUUUCAACUAGUCCUCUCAUCUCUGUACAUGGUUUCUAUUGCCAUACGCAAAUGUGUCAUUAAUUCAAUCCUGUUCUUCAGGAGAUCAUUUGUGGGUUAUUGUUGUGCAAUUGAAUAUCAUUACUGGUUCUCAGAGCAUGUAAAAAAAACAAAAACAAAAAAAGAAAAAAAAAAAACUACUGGUAGGAAAUAAUCGAUCUCAAUAGUAGAUGUAUAUUUUAGUUCAUUAGCGUUGAUUUAUUUACUAGUUGUAUUGAAUUUCUCAACCUCAGAUUUUGGCAGUUCUUAAUCACAUUCUGAAAAAAUAAGGAGGCCUAAGGACAUUAGAAUUACUUUACUUUAUAUUUAUA